GUAGAUUUCUUGGUUUUAAUUCGAGUCCAUUUUAUAAUAUCUAGAGCUGAAGUAGUUCUGUUUUGCAAUUGUGUUCAAUAUUCUGAACUAAUAUUCCGUUAAUUAUAGUUAAUUAGUACUAUAUCACGAUUGAACAAAAACUUUGCUUUUAUUUAUUUGCGUUUCAUAGGUACAUGCAGGAUUCGCCAUCUGACUACGUAACUACUAUUAAUGCAUUUUGACCACACCUUAGCACCAUGAUUGCAUCCAUCAGUUAGACCGGGUACUUGCAAAUGCAAGAAGAAACGAAAAAGUACUAAGUGACAUUUGUUGCAGCCAUCAUUGAAAGUGAAUGUAAUUUAGAAUAAACCAACAAAAAACACGGAUUUACUGUUAAAAUGAUCGAUCGUGUGCAUCUAAACUAAUCAAAAACUGGUUAUUGGAUUUAUUUGAACAUUGUUUGCGAGCAAUGGAUAAAAAUAAAUCUCCGAUACGCCGCGCAAAACGUCAAUCUAAAGUUGUGGAAGAAAAUUUCUGGGACUGCAGUGUCUGCACAUAUAGAAACACAGCCGAAGCAUUCAAGUGCUUAAUGUGCGACGUACGAAAAGGCACGUCAACCCGUAAGCCUCGCCUCAACUCAGCGCUGGUGGCACAACAGGCGGCUACACAGGCAUUCCCGGGUGCAUCCGGUGCUCCAGCGCAAAACUCAAAAUCACCGGGAAGUAAAUCAUCACGCAACAAAAAUAAGCGAUCAAAAUAUCCAGCAAGGUUGAAAAAUAUUGAUCGAUCAAGCGGGCAAACUCGAGAGGUGACAGUCAACUCAGUGACGGUAGUUAUAACUGAAUACAAGCCUAAAUCUACUGUUAGCCGGCACGAUUCAAGUGAAAGCUUUAGUGAGAGUAAUGACUCAAGGAGUUAGAUUAAUUUUAGAUGUGGAUUGACAUUUCCACAAUCGAUUAACUUAUUACAGAGAAUGUCAAAGUUUUAACUAUAUAAGUAAGAAAUAUAGACACAACAUGUGAACUUUUCUCUAAAAAUACUAAAAACAUUGGCAUCUUUCAGCUCAAAGUUAUUAUUUUCUUGUUUAAUUUAUUCCUCAAAAUAAUGUGACGAUUGUGCUCCAUUGUAAAUGUUUCUUUGUCAGCCCAACAUAUAGCACUCUUCCAAUACUGGUUGUAACAAGCUUUGCAAUCUAAUCUGAAUAACUUUGACGUAUAACAACUUCCAAUCGUUGAUAUUAAACAAACUACAUGGAAUCACAAACUGUACGUAGGAUAAGAAAACUGUACUGAUUUUUAUGUGUUAAUUUCCUUAGCAUGAGAAAUGAUUUUUUGAACCACGAAUUAUGAUUCAUUAUUCUAACCGCAUUUAUGUUUCUUUUAAAAUGUUGAUCCCGAUUGAAUUUAUCAUUUUAUCAAUUAUUGUACUACAAUGACUUAUAUGCUUAAGAUGAUGAUAAAUCAAUUGCAUAACCGAGUUAAUACUGCCAAGAACUUCAGAGUUGCAUCUCGAAUGAAUAAAGCGAAUCACCAGUCCAAUAACGAAUAAUAAAACCAGGCAUAGAUUAAACAUUGUACAUCUCCCAAACAAUAGACUUCCAAUUCACGUUUGCAUGAUUAUUUGUGGAACAUCUUUGGAAAACAGAAACUGUCGAAAGCAGUACUAUGCAUUUAGAACAUACAAUCUGAAGAAUAUGCGAGCGGUAAUCCAUCGAAUUAGAAAUAUAAAGAUCUUAUUUUAGGCGCAAGAUUUUCUCUACAAAGUCUGAUUUAUCCGUCGUAAGAUAGGUACAUGGGUGUGCAUUCAAUGGGUUGAUAAUGAAAACUUAGCUGCAAAGUCUAGCCAUGGAAUCAAAAUAAACGUGAAUUAUUAAAUGCA